GAAGAAAAAAAACGAGAAACAGAAGAUGAAGUGACGGCUCUCAAUCUUCAGCUUCUUCUCACUUAAAGCACCAAUCAAGCAUCAAGCCAGCAGGAGAUGAAAAGCUGCCAAUGAGCGAAAGCUACGACAAGGAUAGGCCAUGGCUGCCCAUCGAAUCAUCAGAGUGACCAACAACAACCACAUCCUCCCUCGCUGUAAAUCUGAGGGGACGCUCAUCGACCUCAGCGAGGGGGUGACCGGGGCGAGUCUCACUGAUGUCAAAGUGCCUUCUCCCAGUGCCUUAAGGCUGGACACUUCAGCCUCCUAUGGAGCGGCGCAGGAAGUGGUCGCCAUAAAGGAUUACUGCCCCAGCAGCUUCACCACGCUGAAAUUCUCCAAAGGUGAUCGCCUCUAUGUGCUGGACACGUCAGGUGGAGAGUGGUGGUACGCCCACAACAACACAGAGAUGGGUUACAUCCCAGCUGCCUACGUCCAGCCGGUCAACUUCAGGAACUCUUCGCUCAGCGACAGUGGGAUGAUUGACAGUCUUGGGGAGGGAUACGAGGAGGGGUCGAAGGAGUUUGGAGGUUUGGGGGAGUGGACAGGGAUGACCCCUAAACCCUCCCCAAUUUACAACAACAGUCCAUUCUCUGUGAACCCCUUUAUCCGCCCGUUAGAUCAAAACUGCAAAGAUGCAGGUGUAAGGAACUCAGCAGACCUUAUUCUCUUUGAUGCCUUGGCAUCACCGUCCACUGGCUCCACCUUUAACACAAGUACAAUCAUGACGAAUGGGUUUAGCAGCUUCUACAUGAACAACACCACCCCCAUCAGCCCAAACCAAGAGGUUGCACCAAACCUCCACAGGGAGAACCCUUUUUUCAGGAGUAAACGUUCCCACAGUCUCUCAGAACUGUCCGUCCUGCAGGCUCAAUCAAAUCCAACCUUACCCUCUUCUGGAUUCUUCACAGGCCUUAAGGCUCCUGUGCCGGAGCAGUUUCAGAGCAGGGAGGAUUUUAGGACAGCUUGGUUAAACCACCGAAAGCUAGCCAGGUCUUGCCAUGACCUGGAAUCCCUGGGUCAGAGCCCUGGGUGGGGCCAGACACAGCCGGUGGAGACCAACAUCGUGUGCAGGUUAGACAGUAAUGGAGGGGUUGUUCAGCUCCCAGACACGCACAUCAGUGUUCACAUCCCUGAAGGCCAUGUCAGCCAUGGAGACUACCAGCAGAUCUCCAUGAAAGCCUUACUAGACCCUCCUCUGGAGCUCAACAGUGACCACUGCUCCACUGUUAGCCCUGUGGUGGAGAUCAAGCUCAGCAACAUGGAGACCAAGUCCUUCAUCACACUGGAGAUGAACAUAUCAGUAACUGUGAGGAAGGACAGUUGUCACACUGCUGAGGUGCUUUGUGUUCGAAGUGAUUGCAAAGAAGGGCCUUACACGCCGAUCCCUAAUGCUUACAUUUACAAGGAUACAGUCCAGGUGCAGUUGGAUAGUCUAGAGCCUUGCAUGUAUGUGGCUGUUGUGGUUCAGUCGCAGUACAUGAGCCACAAUACGACUGUUUGGGACUAUGUGCAGAGGAAAGUAACUCUAGGUGUGUACGGACCCAAGCACAUCCACCCUUCCUUCAAGACAGUCGUGGCCAUGUUCGGGCAUGACUGCGCUCCCAAGAAUUUGUUGGUGAGCGAGGUGGGUCGGCAGGCGAGCUCCACCCCGGCGGUUGCCCUCCAGCUGUGGGGGAAGCACCAGUUUGUACUGGGGUACCCUCAGGACCUCCAAGUGGGAUUGUACUCCAACAUGUCCAACUAUCAGGUGAAGGUGAACGAGGGUGCCAGUGUAAUUCGGGGAUUUCAGGUCAAACUGGGGAAGGUCAGUAGGCUGCUGUACAUGAUCUCAUCACACAACCCCAACAGCAUCUCAGACUUCACUCUCAGGGUCCAAGUCAAGGAUGCCCUGGACUGUAUCCUCACCCAGUUCUGUGUCCAAACUCCGCAACCACCUCCAAAGACUGGAGCGAGAAUAACGGGCCAGAGGAGGUUCUUGAAAAAGAAAGAGGUGGAUAAGAUUGUUCUCUCACCGCUGGCUGUCACCUCCAAAUAUCCAAAGUUCCAGGAUCGUUGCAUUACCAAUCUAAAAUUUGGCAAGUUGAUCAAAACGGUUAUCAGGCAGCACAAGAGCACCUAUCUGUUGGAGUACAAGAAGGGGGAUGUUAUUGCUUUGCUCAGUGAGGAGAAAAUCAAAUUGCGAGGGCAGCUACGGACCAAAGAGUGGUAUAUUGGAUACUAUCAGGGGAAGAUGGGGCUUGUCCACGCCAAAAAUGUUUUGGUUCUGGGUAAAGUGAAGCCCAUUUAUUGGUGUGGGCCGGACCUAACAACCACAAUGCUGCUGGAGCAGAUCCUGAAGCCUUGCAAAUUUCUUACAUACAUCUACGCAACCGUGAGGACAGUUUUGAUGGAGAACGUGGGUAACUGGAGGGCGUUUGCAGAUGCCCUGGGAUACGGAAAUUUGCCGUUGAAUUAUUUCUGCCGGACUGAGCUGGACAAUGAGCCGGAGAAGGUGGCGUCAGUUCUGGAGAAAUUGAAAGAGGAGUGUACAAACAUGGAGAACAAGGAGAGGAAGUCCUUUCAGAGGGAACUCAUGAUGGCAUUGCUGAAGAUGGACUGCCAGGGUCUGGUUGCCAGGUUGGUCCUGGAUUUUGUCUUGUUGACCACAGCAGUGGAAGUGGCAUCCCGGUGGAGGGAACUCGCCGAGAAACUGGCGCGAGUGUCCAGACAGCAGAUGGAGGCUUACGAGGCUCCGCACCGUGACAAGAGCGGCCUACUGGACAACGAGUCCAUGUGGAAGCCAGCCUAUGACUUCCUGCUGACAUGGGCGGCCCACGUUGGAGACAGCUACCGUGACGUGAUCCAGGAGCUCCACCUCGGCCUGGACAAGAUGAGGAACCCCAUCACCAAGAGGUGGAAGCACCUGACCGGCACACUCAUCCUCGUCAACUGCCUUGACACCCUCCGCAGUGCUGCCUUCUGCCCCACUGGAUAUGGAGAUUUUGCCGUCUGAACAUUUUCUCUCCCUCCAAAAAACAUCUCCUCAUGGUGGAAGCUACUGGAGUUCAGGACAUCUGUGGAGUGCAGUUGAAGCAGGUGGAUAUUUACUGUCAAGGACAGUUCAAUGAAGUACACAUUGUUUUGGAGAUUAAACCAUCCAGUUUUUGGGUAGUCUGGUGAAUCUCUAGGUUUUCCUUAGCCUUCGAUCUUCAGGUGCAGUAAGUAUGUUCUGGUCUCUUCUUUGGAGUCUUGGAUUAGUGCUGUUGCAGCACUCUAACUAGUUCUUGUGAAGCACCAGAAAAGUUGCCACCAAUGGACAAUCUGUGGUGUUGGAUGAAUCAGCGUGAAACUGGAAGAUCUGCCUCUUUAUCCGUUGUUUUCUUUUGUCACUUAUCUUUCUUCUUUUAUUGUUCUCUCUACCUCGAACUGUGUUCAGACAGAACGUGAAGCAAAUUUUAGAGGCUGUGUGGUUGCAUAUAAAGUCAACAAAAAGAUGUGAGUAGCCACGAAUUUGCGUUUGUGCGAGUUGAAAAUUUUGCAAUGUUUGUGUCAAAUUUGCACGAAUGCCAGGGCUUUACGAAUCAGCUUUAUAAACAAGAGACAAGAGGGGAAAGGAGAGAGACUGGAGUGAAAAAUAGAAAGAGCCGGAGUUUCUGGUGAGUUCAGUUUGAAGCUGAACUGAACAUACUAACGUACUAUUGGUACAUUGGCUUUUUGGUGUGAAUAAACACAAACGAUUCAGCGGUCAGACUCGUGAGAAUGAUGCAAAUUGGCUUUGCGGUCUGAAUACACCAUAAGGUUUGUCCUGCUUUCUUUCUUUCUGCCUCGCCAUUUCUCUUUAUCACUUAUCUGCUUAUCUUAGAUGCUUUUGACAUCUACCCUAGCUUUCUGUCUUUUCAUUUGGUCUUUGUUUAUCCUUUGCUAUCCUGUAUCUGUCAUACUUGAUACAAGCCAGGUUUCCAUCCAAAUGUAACGCAAAUAUUAACUGAAUUUCCAGAAAAUUGGCAAAAGAAAAAGCGAAUUAAUGCAUGUUUCCAUCCACUAUCAUUCAUGAAAAUCGUGAAUAUUAGGAGUUGAUUCAUGGAGAUUAACAGAUUAAACCAUUGCAAAAGAAGAGGACACAACGAUAUGACAUCAUUAAAAGAGCGGCAGUCAAAGCUCAAACAAUGGAAAGCGUGAUGGAAAUAUGACAUUUCUGUUUGUUUUAUGUACUAAUGUGAGGAGCGUUACAGUCUCCUCAUCACUCCACACAGAUCUAAUGUUUUCUUGCUUCAUGUAUGUCAUCAGUUAUUCACGAAGUCUGUUUACAUGGCACUUUCCAUCAUAUUUUGCUUUAAUCAGUACACCACCUUUUCUAUCUCAAACAUGUUUAAAACAUUUUUUGAGAUAUUUAGCCUUUUUUUAAUUUCUAGUGUUUCCACUCAGGUUUUUUAUGUACACACUUAAAAUGUGAAUAAAAACAAAUGGAUGGAAACCCAACUACAGUCUCUCUUCAACCUUUUUUUGGAACUUUUCUUCUUUUUUAAAAAAAAAAAACCCACUCCAAUUGUUUUCCCUCUCCCUCAGGACAACAUCAGAGACCUCAACCACUGCAGUAAAUAACCACACAUACUGUGAACCUUUCCACCAUCUUUAAAAGUUGUUUUGACCCCCCUCCCCCCCCUCCAUACAGAACUGACUCUACUCGGCAUCUUCAUGCUUACAGUCAUUUGUUUGCCAAGCCAAGUUUUCAACAGAAACACAUUUUCCCUCCAUUUCUGACGGGCAGUUCAGAAAUGGAGGGAAAUCCUUUGACCGCCUCCCACUCACAUUUUCUACAAAACAAGGCAAAGCAGAUGUUUCAAAAACAUUUUCCAAUCACAUCUAAUUAAAAGUGGUUCAUACAUCAAGAACAUUGCUUGCCAAAAGCAGUUAGCCCAAUGCUAAUGUUACAUGUGACUCAGCGCAGUCCAUGCAGUAAAGAUAUAUCUGUUUAUGCAAGAUAUUCUUCUAUUUUUUUAUACUUGCAGAACAAUACAGAUGAUGUAUUAUCAACAGUGUUAUUGUUGUGUAUUCUUGGGUUUGAUAUUCAUCUGUGUGAGGUUAAUUUUUAUAAUAUUUCAGCUUGUGGAACAAUGCUGCAGUCUGUCGCAAAUGGAAAGUUAGAAAUUACUAUAUUAUAAAAUGAUAAAAUCUGUGUAUUUCCAGCCAUUCAGCUAUAACUGAAAAGUGUGGACAGCUGAGAUUUUUUCAGCCCAACAAUAAAAUACAGUUCCCCGAACAAAAGUUAACACUGCGUCAAUAUUUGACAAUGCUGGUAAGCUAGUUAGCAUAGAUUUCUUGCAAACCACAAAUACAACUUCCAGUUUUGCAACUGUUAACACAAUGUAUUUGAUGGCUCAGAGAUUAUGUAGUGAUGAAGAAAGACCUUAAAUGCAUUUUGACAACAAUAAAAUGUAAAAUGUUCAAAUUAGACAAACCUGUGAUUGAAAAAUCUCACAUUUUUCCUAUAAAUUUCCAUUUUUUCUAACUUUCUUACAACUCAAGAAUGCAGCAUAGGUAUUAUUAUUUUCAUGUCAUAUAUUUUACCAUAUGAGGAGGUUCAGUAUUUUCAUGAAAGAGACAUCAGGCCAGCAAUUUAGAACGUUUUUCAAAGAACUAGCAUCUCAAAUAGUCUUGUUGUUGUUAAAUUUGUUUUUAAAGCAGCCUUUUGUCUUUGAUUUGUGUUUUUCAAGCUUUUUGUCUUUGAUUUUGUGAUCUCAGCAAGUAUAAUCAAUCAUCUGUGAUGCUUUUAUUGAUUUGAGUUCAACUUCUACACUUCAUUUCAGUCUUUUGUGUAUUUUCUUGUUUCUUUUCUAUAUGUUUUGUGACUGUUGCAGUGAUCCUGCAUCUGUCUGAGGUAUGAUCUGAACGGAAAGUGAGGGAGGAGUUUAUAUAUUUGUACCGAAUGCCGAUUACGUAUUGACACUUAAAUAACUUCACCAUAUCACCUGUGACAGUGUUUCUGUUCAGAAGGUAUGAAUAAAGCUGAAUAUUUAAAAAAAUA